CUUGCUCGACGAUUUCACAAUUUAUUAACACUUUCAACACUUAUUGCUUAUUGUUUAUCUGUUUAACUUGAUUUAUUUUCUUAUAUGUAAUUGAUACACUUCAUUUUAAUUGCUUAUUAGUAAUUUUUUGACGGAAAGUUGUUUAGCCAAUAAAGCUUUUUUAGGUGAGUAAUUUUAGUAGAUUAUUAGUUAGCCGUUUGGAUAUUGAAAUGGAGAUCCCGAGGAGCGACGAGGAGAGAAGACAGAUGACCUGGGCUGAGCAGGUGGACCUCGCCUACCCCCUGGAGGAGUGCUGGAGUGAGACGUGCCUGACGGUCCCACAUCUCUGCAUGGGGGACCACUACAGGCCUGAGGUGCGGUCAGGAGAGCAGAGGCCAGAGGACGUGAUCUGCUGGGAUCAGACUCUGGCCCACAGGGACCCCUUUGCUCUGAGGAAGGUGGAGGUACCAAAGUGGCGCAGGAGGGCAGAGAACGUGGUCAGCUGGGACCAGAACCUGGUCAACAUUGACCCCUUUGCCCUGAGGAAGGUGGAGGUACCAAAGUGGCGCAGGAGGGCGGAGAACGUGGUGGUCAGCUGGGACCAGCCCCUGGUCGACAUUGACCCUUUUGCCCUGAUGAAGGUGAGCACCAAAGUGGUUCAGGCACCAACUGAAGGACCACUGGUGCACCACCCAAGGUGCAGGGAGGCUGAGGAAGAGACCAAAUCCUGUCCCCCUCACACCACCCUUGCCUUUCCUCAAGCAACAGUCCUUGACUUGAGACCACCUGGCCAAAGCUACAGCUACAUCCACUCCUCAGAGAUCUCCUUUCCACUGUGA